UCUUUCGCGCUCUAGCCACACAGGAAGCCCCGCCCAAGGGAUGCUGGGCUCUGAUUGGCUCCUUUGAAAGUCUACGGGUUACCGGAUUGGUGGGUCCGAGCCCCUUUAGCGCGGUGAGUUUGAAACUGCUUGCACUUGACUUCAGAAGCUGGCACGGGAGGUCCUGUGAGGAGAGACGCAGGCGAGGUAGCUGCUGCCGCGGCCGCCGCGACGAUACGCCGGGAUCUAUCAUACCUGUUGAAUAACUAUGGAAGACUACACCAAAAUAGAGAAAAUUGGAGAAGGUACUUAUGGAGUUGUGUAUAAGGGCAGACACAAAACUACAGGUCAGGUGGUAGCCAUGAAGAAAAUCAGACUAGAAAGCGAAGAGGAAGGGGUUCCUAGUACUGCAAUUCGGGAAAUUUCUCUAUUAAAAGAACUUCGUCAUCCAAAUAUAGUCAGUCUUCAGGAUGUGCUUAUGCAGGAUUCCAGGUUAUAUCUUAUUUUUGAAUUCCUUUCCAUGGAUCUCAAGAAAUACUUGGAUUCUAUCCCUGCUGGGCAGUUCAUGGAUUCAUCACUUGUUAAGAGUUAUCUGUACCAGAUCCUUCAGGGUAUUGUCUUUUGUCACUCUAGAAGAGUUCUUCACAGAGAUUUAAAACCUCAAAAUCUGUUGAUUGAUGACAAAGGAACAAUUAAACUGGCCGACUUUGGCCUAGCAAGAGCUUUUGGGAUACCUAUUAGAGUAUAUACACAUGAGGUAGUAACACUCUGGUAUAGAUCUCCAGAGGUAUUGCUGGGGUCGGCUCGCUACUCUACUCCAGUUGACAUCUGGAGUAUAGGCACCAUUUUUGCAGAAUUGGCAACUAAGAAACCACUUUUCCAUGGGGAUUCAGAAAUUGAUCAGCUCUUCAGGAUUUUUAGAGCUCUAGGCACUCCCAACAAUGAGGUAUGGCCAGAAGUGGAAUCUUUACAGGACUAUAAGAAUACAUUUCCCAAGUGGAAACCAGGAAGCCUAGCAUCCCAUGUCAAAAACUUGGAUGAAAAUGGCUUGGAUUUGCUCUCUAAAAUGUUAGUCUAUGAUCCUGCUAAACGAAUUUCUGGCAAAAUGGCACUGAAUCAUCCAUAUUUUAAUGAUUUGGACAAUCAGAUUAAGAAGAUGUAGCUUUCUGAUAAAAAGUUUCCAUACAUUAUAAU